CCACCAAAUUUCAGAACAUAAAGAAGAAAAGAUAACUGACGAUCUUUCUGAAAACAGCAAUCCAGUGGAUGGAAUUUCUGAAGACUCUACAAUCAGGAACCUGUGCUGUAUUAGACUGAAGAUUAAAAGUUUGAAGACUGCCAUGGAGUCCUCCAGAAGAAGGACCUGGAAUCAGGAGCCCAUAAGAAGGAUGUCCACCUACCCAACUAUUGAUGAUUUAAGCAGUGUCGAUACCAAGGAUGUUUCUGAACCAAACUUAACAAACUUAACUACUGCUUCUCAGCAAUCCAGGAAAAAUUUAGAAGCAAAAUAUGCUACUGUGAGAACAGGUAAGGGAAACGUGUUUGAGGACAAGAUUUCUGAUCAUCCAAAGGAAGAUGUGUUUGAAUGCUUUCCCACAACAUCAGGCAAAGUCCAGGGCUUUUUAAAUCCUUCCUUUCCACCACCUGAGCCUCAGCGCAAACCUUCCUCCGGGUCAUUGGAAAACUGUGGUCUUACAAAGGCAAGUUAUUAUUUGAAAAACUUUUCUCCCCCAUAUUUUUAUGUACCCCUCCCCCGUCCUCAUAAUGCUGACAAAAAUACUGUAAAGAAAUGGACCUCCUCAAGGCCAUAGUAGAAAACAAAUGUAAUAACAAAAUGAAGGAUGGACAGGAUUGAGAUUUGUAAAAGUGGAGGGGAGUAAACAAUUCUUAGGUUAGAAAUUGUAGAAGGAAAGAAUUAGAAA